AUGGCCGAAGCCGCGGAACCGACCAUGGACUGCAACCUGCCAGAGUUGCUUGCCCAGGACCUUGAGUUCUCGAGUCUCAUAUUCGCCGCCAAGAACAUGACGGCCGGCGCACCCUCGCCCGCCCUCGCAUCCGACGAAGACGACUGGCACGGCACUGCCGAACCCCCAACCGUCCUCGGCGCGUCCUGCCACCCGAACAGCGUGCCGCAGUUCCAACCUCUGGGCGCCAUCGACGAGAAGAGCUCCGCCAGCGGGGCGAGCGAGCAUGACAUCUCCGACGAAGCCUCGAGCUCGAGCGGUGACUCCUUCAGCAUGGCCGGCAACGAUGUCGACGGAGAAGACGACGCCGCCGAGUCACCUCACAUUCGCCAGCAGUCCGUCUUGACGGCCGAUACCACCAUAUCCGCUUCGAGCCAGCCCGCGACCACCGCAUCCUCGCAAAAACGUGUCGUGUCCUUUGGGGGCGAAGUCGAAGGCAGCUUCGAGAGUUGGAUGGACUUUGAGCCGGACGCUCCGGCCGAUCAUCCUGAACUCGGCAAGAGCCUAGCGCAAUCGCCGGUCACGACGCCUAUGAAGCCGGUGCGGCCGCUGUCUCGAUUAGGAGACCGGUCCAUCAAUGAAGCGUCGCCGCAACGGGCCAAGAGCGCCAACGCCGCAGCCACCACCCGCCGGCUGUCCAACCCGUUUGAGGGCUACACGCGGCCAGCCAGCCGUGCGCGGAGUCUGCAUUUGGACCCGACGACAACGGCGGCCGGCAAGGAGCAGACCCGGCACUCAAAUCUCUCGCUGCAUUCCUUUAGCCCUGUCGAAAUUGCGGUUCCCACACGCUGCUCAUCCUUGAAGCAUCGCGUCUCGUUUACAGACGAUGCCCGCAAAGCUAUCGCUCCUCGCGCUCGUUCGCGGUCGCACGCUUCUUCAGGAGGCGUCCCGGAACACAUUGUUGCGCCGGGGACCGACCGCAGCUCCAUCAUAUCCGACCUCAAGGAGGAACUCGAGCCCUGGUUCCGCUACCUCGACGCGGAAGACGAAUGUCCCACCCGUCGCCAAGGCCUGGCUCCUCCAUUGCUAGUGACACCACGCUCGGGAUCCCGCCCUGGCGCCUCGCGGGUAGUCACCCCGACACCUCGCCCCCGUUCCCAAGCCCAAACCAGAUCGCGGCCAACCUCCUCGGUAAGCACCUCGUACACAUGGCUCGAGGACCCGAUCGACAUCCCGCCGCCCCCCUCAGACGACCAAAGCCGCCGCAUCCCUCUACCACCCAACGUGAUGGAAUCCAUCCGCGUCUCCGUGACAUGCUUCCCCGAGACAAUGCUCUCCUGUUCCAGCCUCUCCAUCGAGACGAUCCGCAGCUACUCCCGCAAAGUCCGGCAACCGCCCCUUGAGGCCCUCCGCCCGGAUACGCCCCCGACCUCGCCCAAACGCUGGCGCUGGCUCUCUUCCCGCCGGACCUCGAACCUCGGCAACGGUGGCGGCAGCGCCAGCGUCAACACCAGCGGCAACGGCGGCGGCAGCAUCAGCAACCGCCGCUGCUGCUCCCGCAGCUCCUCAAACCUCGACCUCCCUUCCACCAUGUCCCCCUCGACCACGACCCUCACUCCGCCCCAAUGGACCCGCAUCCGUAGCGUCUUCCCCCACGGCUCCGAUUAUCUCUGUGACGCGCUCUACGCCCACAUCAUCGCGUACAACUACCUCGCGCCCAUGGUCCAGAACCUCCCGCAUGGGGCUACAGCAAGACCUCCUACGCCGGGAAGCCCCGCCAGCACAGAGGACCCCAUCCCCAAGAAGGCGGCGAGCCUGCUCGGUCUGCAAGCGAACAUGGACGCCACCCCGCCGCCGCCGAGGCCGCUGCGGAAGCGUUCGAGCAUGUUCCUCGGCCUGCGCGCGUCCUCACGGCAGUCCACCUUCCCCACGCCGCCGCUGCCACCGUUGCCGACGCCGCUGGCAUCCACAACACCCGCCACGGCGGUGCCGUCGACGUCCGAAGUCCCGCUGCGGGAGCUGCAGAACGGCCUACACCGGUGCAUCGCGCGGCUCGUCACAACGCUGCGCGUAGAUGGGAACGAGGGUCCUAUCGCGGGGGAGUCGGUCAACGAGGUGGACCCGCUCGUGCUGCGGUCUCUCUGCGAGAUUGUUAAGUGCUGCGAGGAGUCGCCGACGAACGACCGGUCCUUGUAA